GAUGACGUAGGAAGCGAUCUUUCUGACGAACUUCGUCGCCAUGGAGGAUUCCAAAGGCUCAAGUUAUACGAACUCGCCACUGACUGCAGGUUCUGCCAACUGCUUCGGUCGCUCCUCCAACCUACAGGGAUAACGGAUUUCGAGUAUAUUACCUUGUGGGGAGAGCCCUAUGGUUUGGGAUGGCUUCCACUUCACGAAGGACAUGCUCCAGGCCUGCGUGAAAGUGCUAAAGCUCUAUCGCAUAUAGGACAGCAAGGCGCACGGUAUGUCAUGCGUAAUUCACCAAAGAUCUCUUCAUUCCUUGAGCGUUAUGAUCCUAUCAGCCGAAUAUGCAUAAGUGUCAGACUGGGAAAACAUCAUCCAAAACGCAGCAACCCUUCAUUUGCCAAUCUCGACGCUGCGUUCCGAAAGAGAAGGUUGUACCUGAAAGUUUUCACACCUCCUGAAGAGCCAGGCGGCCUUGAUGCUUACAUCGCCGGCCGACCAACACACCCAAGCGGCUCCGCUAAGACUGCGCGGUUGAUCAAAAGCUGGCUGGGAAGCUGCCUAAAGAACCAUCCAGAAUGCCGCCUCGACUUGAUGGGACAUGCGCUCGAAGUUCGGCGAGGGCACACGCCGCUUCCAACACGACUCAUCGAUGUCGGCACCGGGUCGUCUUUAUCGACACCAAGGUUGAUUACAACAAGUCACGGCCAGGAGGGCCAAUAUGUUGCCUUAAGCUACUGCUGGGGGCAAGGAAGACCGUUGAAGUUAUUGAAGUCGAACAUACUUGCGAUGCAUGACCGGAUACCGGAAGAGCAGCUCCCACAAACCAUACGUGAAGCCAUUCAGCUGGUCCAAAACCUUGACUAUCAGUAUCUCUGGGUAGACUCGUUAUGCAUCAUUCAAGACAGCCAGGAAACUGGUGGAGAUUGGCAAUGCGAAGCGCGACGUAUGGGACAGUAUUAUAGCAAUUCCAUGCUUGUGAUUGCCGCACUAGCAUCCAAUAGCUGUGACGAUGGGCUCUUCAAAUCGACCGGAUCGGCCAAUGUCGACCAAUCGAACUCAACACUAGGAUCCCAGGACUUCUCGACAACUUUGCCCUGUACUUUCAGAGGCCGCCAGCUGGGACUCAUGACUGCCCGCCUGCCUCAGCAGACAGAUUCAGUUUACGAUUUUGAAGACGAGAAGCGCCAAAGCCCAUGGUACAAACGUGCCUGGGUAGUCCAAGAGCGCUUCCUAGCCCGUAGAAUAGUGUACUUCGGUACCCGUCAAGUGUACUGGGAAUGCAGGGAAGACAUCAUCUCUGAAGACGGAGACAUUCCCAUAGCUCAUAAGCAGCAAGCUUUCCCAUGGUACUUUCAAAAAGUUGCCAACGACAAGGAGGGACUCAAGAGAUGGAGUGCAAAGGGGGACUUCCACAUCUCGCAUAACGCCAUCAAUUUCAGGAGGAUGUUAACAGUGGUGUCCAAGAGAGAGCUGAAAGUAAUGCCAUUGCUGAUGCGAAUGCCUGAUACCAAACACCUCAAACGUGUCAAAAAGUCCGUUAGCGAAACUAAAGCACAAUACGAUAUGAUGGAUUACAAGCUUGGCUUCGACGCCUGGACCUGGAUGGUUGAGAAUUAUAGCUCUUGCGAAUUGACCAACCUGGGAGAUAAACUAAUCGCAAUUGAGGGUGUUGCUCAAGUGCUCUGUAAAGCUGUUGGCUCAACACAUUACUUCGGACUUUGGCUGGAAGUUGUGGAGAAAGGGCUCCUCUGGAGGAGUAUUGACCCACUUUCUAAGAAAGGUCUCGAUCAAGCACCCUCAUGGAGCUGGGCUGCUUGGAAUCAGCCAAUCGAGUUUCCGUUUUCCUCCUUCGGCUAUUCUAAGACGUUGAAAGAAGGAUUUACUGUCUCCGAAAUCCAUCCGCGUCUUGAACUGAGGACUGACAUUUGGUGCGACUUGGUCGUUAAGCAAGUGGCUGCUAGUAUUCGCGAAUGCGAUCGAUGUGCGAAGCACGUAAUUGACGAGGAAGAGCAUUUCUGCUGCAGAAUCUGCAAGAACGUUGAUUAUUAUUGUCUCUGCCUCCCGUGUACCGGGACGGGUGCUCGUUGUCCUGGGUCAGAUUCCGGACAUUGGAUGAUCAAACGCUCUUUCGAGGACGGACACUUAGUUGACAGCACCACCGAGCGUCUGGCCCCACGAUCAAUCGUAAAGAGGAAGCUGCUCAACUCAAAGAAAACCCCGAGCCUAAAUGAUACGACACGGCAUUCGGAAAGAACAGAGACGGCGCAAGAUCGAGAUCAAACGUCUGCUCGGCUGGCCCAUUCCAACAAGUAUUACGGGCACGAUGAUCCUCAAGGAAGCGCGUACAAGAAAAUGGCACUAGGUUACAGUCUCAUUAGGCCGACUUGUAAAGAAGACUGCAUUGAUGCAAAUGAUGACUAUCGUUACCGAUGGAUCUAUCACGAAGACCUGAUUGGGCCUAUAGGUCUGGUGGAAUUUGAUCGAGUUUCCGAUAUUCCACAAUCUGUUUGCUGCAUAUCAAUGCAGUAUGAUCAUUUAGACAAGAGAAACGGGAUGCGUGAAUCAUUGCAUGACAAAACACCUUACGAGGAUCACUGUUCGAAUGGUGAUGAGGAGAGCGAGCACAGUGCUUCAACCGAAGAAGCAGUUCCCGAGCAGAUGGAAUCAGAGCAAGAAGAAGAGAACGAAGAAGAGAGCGAACAAAGUGUUGACACCGAAGCUGCUAAUUUCUGGGAAGGACAUGAGCUCAAAGAGAUGGCAGAAGCUACAAUCCCAGUUCUAGCCUGUGUAAAGAACAAGGCAGGAGACGCUUACCUGCGCAUCGGAAUUGGCGUUAUGUUCAAUCUAAAGAACGAGUUCUGGGCACCAGUCAUAGAACAUACCGGGUUCCCUGAAGAGGCCAAAGGAUUUUCCGCAGAUCUCGACAUCACACUUGUAUAAUGAAGUUCGUAGCUAAUAACCAGCCAAUCAUGUUCUUCAACCUAAGCUAGCUAUCCACCUCUUUCACUAGCUUGCACUGAUGUUCUACCUUAAAUGUGCGAGUAUUCACCAUGUGG